AUGGACCCCCGGGCGCUGCUGCUGCUGCUGCUGGCGGUGGCGGAGCCGGCGCUGACCCAGCGCGCGGCCGACGAUGCGGCGACCGCUUUAGGGGCCGCCCCGUCGCGGCCCGCCGCUUUCCAUCGGGCCGCCAAGGCGGCGUGGCGGCUGCCCGGGCGCUACGUGGUGCUGCUGCGGGCGGGCAGCGGUGAGGCCGAGGUGCGCGGCACGGCGCGGGCGCUGCGGGUGCGGGCGGCACGGCGCGGGUACCCGAGUGAGCUGCUGCACGUCUUCAGCCUGCUGCCCGCCUUCCUGGUGAAGAUGAGCAGCGACGUCCUGGACGUGGCACUGAGGCUUCCACAUGUGGACUACGUAGAGGAGGAUGCGUACGUCUUCGCACAGAGCAUCCCCUGGAACCUGGGCAGGAUCGUACCACCACUGCCCGGCACAGACACCUACAGCCCUCCCAAUAAAGGUGACAAGGUGCAGAUCUACCUGCUGGACACCAGCGUGCAGAGCACCCACCGGGAGAUUGCAGGCAGGGUGUUCAUCACCGACUUCCAGAAUGUCCCUGAGGAGGACAGCAGCCACUUCCACAGACAGGCCAGCAAAUGUGACAGCCACGGGACCCACAUGGCCGGGGUGCUGAGUGGGCGCGAUGCCGGCGUGGCCAGAGGGACACACAUCCACAGCCUCCGUGUGCUGAACUGCCAGGGGAAGGGAACCAUCAGCGGGACGCUCAUCGGCCUGGAAUUUGUUGGGGCAUUGCUGGAAGCUCAGCCCAGCCCGCUGCUGGUGGUGCUGCUGCCCUUCACCGGUGCCCACAGCCGUGUGCUGAACGCCGGCUGCCGGCGGAUGGUGCAGAUGGGGGCGGUGGUUGUUGUGGCUGCUGGGAACUACAAGGAUGAUGCCUGCCUGUAUUCACCUGCAUCUGAGCCGGAGGUGAUCACGGUCGGGGCCACGAACCGUGAGGACCAGCCAGCCUCCAUUGGCACGCUGGGCACCAACUUUGGCCGCUGUGUCGACCUGUUUGCCCCAGGGGACGACAUCAUUGGUGCCUCCAGUGACUGCAGCACCUGCUUCACCGCGCAGAGCGGCACAUCGCAGGCGGCUGCACAUGUGGCAGGCAUUGCAGCCAUGCUGCUCAGUGCUGAGUCCCACCUCGGUGUGGCUGAGCUGCGGCAGCGCCUCCUGAGCUUGGCCACCAAGAAUGUUGUCAGCAAGGCCUGGAUCCCAGAGGAGCAGCGGCUGCAGACACCCAGCAGUGUGGUGGGGCUGCCUGCCCAGCUGGGCCCAGAUAAGGAGCUGCUGUGCCGCUCGGUGUGGUCGGCACGCUCAGCGCCCACCUGGCACGCCACAGCUGUGGCUUGCUGUGCCGGCACCGAGGAGCUGCUGGGCUGCUCCAGCUUCUCACACAGCGGCUGGUGGCUGGGCGAGCACAUGGAGGACAAGGAAGGGCAGAAGCAGUGCGUGGCCCACAGCGCCUUUGGGGGCUGGGGGGUCUACGCCAUCGCCAGGUGCUGCACGUGGCCCCACACCCAGUGCCGGCUCAGCGCCAGCUCCCAGGGCGAUGACACGGCUGGCUGCUCCUUGCAGGACCACGUGCCGACUGGCUGCAGCUUCCAGUCCCCUGUGGCUGUGCUGGGUGACGGCGGCAGGCCCGUGCCGGGGCUGGGCAGCAGGCUUGGUGGCUGUAGGACAAGGCUGGAGGGCACAGCGCGUGCAUCCUGCUGCCCUGCUGCCACGCUGCAGUGCCGCGUGAAGGAGCUCACACUGCAGGGCUCUGCAGACAAGGUGACGGUGUCCUGCGAUGCUGGCUGGACGCUGACAGGCUGCAGCGCUCGCUCGCGGGGCCCCGGCACCUUGGGGUCCUACGCUGUGGAUGACACCUGUGUUGCAGCCAGCACUGCUGGCAGCCACGCGCCAGGGGCUGUCGCCGUUUGUUGCCGGAGCCAGCAGUAG